CUCCCCGGGCAUUGCUUUGUCCCGGCUACUGCAGCGACCGUCCAACCUGGGAUGCAUUCUUGAUCAUGCCCCUUCACGAGCCCGUCCGGUGAUAGUUUCCUGUUAACGACUCCACUACAAUUGUCGUCGUGAAAAUGGCCUCCGCGGGGCCGUCAGGCAGUUCGGUCAACGAACUGGCCUCUCGACUUUACGAUGCCUGUGUCAACCAGUUCCCUUCCGAUCAUCUGUUCUAUCAGCAAGAUCUUCUGGGUCUGAACAUUGUCCCCAAGAAUGACCUCGCCCUUCUCUUGAGCUGCGCCCAGUCGCUCGUCAACCAGAAGCUCUUUCGGCUUCUCCAGGGCAAAAAUGACCGCUUAGCCUGGAAGAUUAUUUCGCGGGAUGAUGCUGAAAAACUUCGAGACCUAAGCCCCGACGAGAGUUUAGUCUACAAUGUCAUCCAUUCGACAGGACGGUCCGGUAUCUGGGUCCGCGCAAUUGGCAACCGCACCAACCUCCACAAAUCCAUUCUCGAUCGCUGCCUCAAGUCCCUGGAAACGAAAAGCUACAUCAAAAGCGUUCACAAUGUCAAAUUCCCCAGCCGGAAGAUGUACAUGCUGGCGAACCUCGCCCCAAGUGAAGACGUGACUGGAGGAGCCUGGUUUACCGACGGAGUGUUGGACGAGAACUUCAUCAACAGCGUCGCCGGCUUUAUCGAGUACUCCGUGAGCCGGAAAAGUUGGUACGAGGCCCCGUCCUCGGACGGUCCUCGAAACAAACGCAUGAAGACCGCGGACGGAGGUGUAGCUGUCAAGCAAGAAGGCGCUCCAAAGGAGUACCUCCCCUUCCCAGCCGGGUAUCAGGGCUACCCCACCAUACCUCAGCUAACAGCCGCCGUGAACGAGAGUGGCAUCACACCGGUCCGCCUGGGCGAAGAGAGUAUCACUCAGCUCCUAGAGAUGCUCUGCUACGACAACAAGCUAGUUUCUCUGAACAACGGCGAAUUCUACAAAUCGGUCAAGAACCCCGAACAAGUCAAAUCCCAACAAGCGCGCAAGCCCCGGACCGACGACGCAGGCAUCGACGACAGGCUAGUCAAGAACGGCAUGACCGAAGCACCCUGCGGCAACUGUCCGGUUUUCAAGCUCUGCGCUCCCGGCGGAGCUGUCAGUCCCGAGAGCUGCGAAUACUUUGACCCCUGGCUAGAAAAGGCCCUCGGAUUUUGAUUUUCCUUUAUUAUCUACCUCACACAUCAUUUUCACCUCAUACUCAUAACACAAUUCCUGUAUACAAUUAGCGCAGCAUGCGCCAGAUGAUGUUUGUUUGCAUAGCGAUGGCGUUUACGUCUGAUAUUGGGAUCGGCCAUGGAACAACGGUCUUCUUUUCUCAAUGUGGGCAACUCAAAAACAAAAGAAUUUUCUAGGGCUUUUAUUAUAUUUUCUUUUUCUGGGAAAGAAAAAAAGGAUGGAAAAGCG